AGAUCUGGCUAUUUUACAACUUUAGCUCCCGUUUCCUUUGGCUCUUUUGCUACGGAUCUCCUCCACGAUGUGGUAGAUUUUCUAGAUGUCUUGUGGUCAGCCGUAUUUAUGGGGAUGUCCGCUUUUCGAAGGCCUUGAAGUGGCACUGCUAUCGGACGCCAAUGAUUCAGCUGGAGAAACCAGUGCUAACUGGUACCAUGCCGGUGGUGUGGCCCACCAUCCUCGACCUGGGCAGGGAUGAGUGCAAAAGAAUUCUGCGUAAACUGGAGCUGGAGGCUUACGCUGGGGUCAUCAGCGCCCUGAGAGCCCAGGGAGACCUGACAAAGGACAAGAAGGAUCUGCUGGGAGAGCUCACUAAAAUCCUCGGCAUCUCGACAGAGCGGCAUCGUGCAGAGGUCCGCAGGGCUGUCAACGAUGAGCGCCUCACCACCAUCGCUUAUCACAUGUCAGGUCCAAACAGCUCUUCUGAGUGGUCCAUCGAAGGGCGGCGGCUUGUUCCCUUAAUGCCAAGGCUGGUUCCCCAGACAGCCUUUACAGUCACCGCUAAUGCUGUGGCCAGCGCCACAGCCAAUCAGAACGCCUCCCUCCUGCUGCCAGCUGAAACAGGAAACAAAGAGGUCGUGGUAUGUUACUCCUACACGAGCACUACCUGCACCUCCACCAGCGCCACGGCGACCAGCGGUCCUAUAGGCGCAACAGUGAAAUCUCCACGACCACCCAGCCCUUCAUCCAAUGUGGUGGUGCUGCCCAGCGGCAGCACUGUCUAUGUGAAAAGUGUUAGUUGUUCCGAUGAAGACGAGAAGCCUCGCAAGCGAAGGCGCACAAACUCUUCCAGCUCAUCUCCAGUGAUGCUGAAAGAAGUUACCAAGGUGACUCCGCCGGUAUCCAAGAACAUCACGGUGCCCGUGAGCAGCAGCCCCAAGAUGAGCAGCAUCAUGCAGAGCAUCGCCAACUCCCUGCCGCCCCACCUCUCCCCCGUCAAGAUCACCUUCACCAAGCCCACCAUCCAGACGACCAGCACCACCACACAGAAGGUGAUCAUCGUCACGACUUCUCCGAGCUCCAGCUUUGUGCCCAACAUCCUGUCCAAGUCUCACGCCCACAACAAUGCCAACGCUGUGUCCAAGCUGGGCUCCACCUCUGUGCUGACCCCACACACACAGAAACAGACAGUGGUCUUUCCAGCCAGCUCCAGCCCUUCCUCCAACCCCAACACCAUCGCCGUGACCACAGUGGUCUCUUCUACACCAUCAGUGGUCAUGUCAACGGUCACACCAUGUGGAGCUUCAGCUGGAGUGAAGGUCUCUGCAGCCAGACUUCCUUCACCUAAGACCCUGAUGGCCUCCCCCACUCAGAUCCUGGCCCAGUUCCCCAAACAGCAGUCACCCAAACAGCUGCAGCAGAGCUCGCCUUUAGGAGCUUCCACUGUAGGUCAGACCCACUCCACCACCACCUCGCCAGGAGCCAAACCCACCAUUCAGAUCAAACAAGAGUCUGGGGUGAAGAUCAUCACUCAGCAGGUGCAGCCCAGCAAAAUCCUGCCCAAGCCUUCAGUGGCUUUGUCCAGCAGCAGCAAUUCUCCCAUCAUGGUUGUCAGUAGCAACGGAGCCAUCAUGACCACAAAACUGGUCACUCAGCCCACAGCUACUCAGACCACCUACACGAGACCCACUGUUAGUCCCAGCAUUGGGGCCAGGAUAUCAGCCUCCAGUGGCGGGACGACCUACGUGAAGACCACCAGCGGCAGCAUCAUCACCGUGGUGCCAAAGUCUCUGGCCACUCUAGGAGGAAAGAUCAUCAGCAGCAACAUUGUGUCCGGCACAACGACCAAGAUCACCACCAUCCCAAUGACUUCAAAGCCCAACGUCAUCGUGGUGCAGAAAACCACGGGCAAAGGAGCUACCAUCCAAGGACUGCCCGGCAAGAAUGUGGUCACCACGCUUUUAAAUGCUGGGGGGGAGAAGAGCCUUCAGGCAGUUCAGGGGACCAAACCAGCGAUCAUCACCGCCUCCAGGCCCAUCACCAAAAUGAUCGUCACGCAGCCCAAAGGCAUGAGCUCCGGAGUCCAGACCACCGCCACGAAAAUCAUCCCAACCAAGAUCGUUUACGGCCAGCAGGGCAAGACGCAGGUUCUCAUCAAACCAAAGCCGGUCUUCCAGGCAGCAGUGGUGAGCGAACAGACCAGGCAGCUGGUCACUGAGACGCUGCAGCAGGUGACCCGCUCUACAGAGCUGGGUCAGACUCAGACACCAGGCCAGGAGGGGGCCGCGAAGGAUGAUGGUGGUGGGAGCCUCACGGAGGGCAGCGGCUUAGCCAGCGAGGCCUCCCACAGCAGCACUCAAGAAGCACAGCCUGUAGUGCAUGUGCUGUCCUCCAGAGAGCAGGAUUGGACUGAGCAGGAAGUAGCCGUGGAGUCCAGCCCCACUAUUAUCUACCAGGAGGUGUCUGGCGGGGAAUCCCAAUCCGCCACUUCCACCAUAAAAGCCCUUCUUGAACUUCAGCAGACCACGGUGAAAGAAAAGGGAGAAUCCAAACCCAGGCAGCAUACCAUCGACCUCAGCCAGAUGGCUGUGCCCAUCCAGCUGGCCCAGGAGAAGAAGCCCAGCCCAGAGUCCCCCAAACCCUCUACCUCAGAGGCUGAACCCAGCACUGAAUACAUCGCAGGAGGUAAAGCCAGCAGAGCGGGAGUGCCCUCGGAGGACGAUGAGGUGGUUAUAUCCUCCGGUCAGCAGCUGGGGAAGCCUCAUAAAACCAGCGCAGUUGCUGUGGUAACCAAACCUGCUGCUGCCUCCUCUGCGGCUGCAGCUUCACACGUGCCGUCUGACAGCCAUGGAAAAACUGAGAGUGUAUUAGAAGUGGGCGAGCUGGAAGGAGACACCUUGGACCCCCAGACAGGCUUGUUCUACCGUGCCACCCAACCAGCUUCAGAACCCACUAAGCAACCCGCCCACUCCGCGAGCACUCAGCCGCCACCUUUGAGCCAAGCUGAGGCUGAGCAGAGUCGGCACACCUCCACCUCCACGCAGCAGACGCCACAUCCGCCGCAACUGCAGAGCAAACCUCAGAUCAGCCAGCCUUCCUCUUCCUCCUCUGCCUUCUCCACUACUCCUCCUCUGACUAAGAAAAUCCCCAAGCUACGAGAGCAGAGUCAACCCAAACCCCAAACCUUAACCCAGAGCCCUAAAGACAGACCUCCGAGUGCACCAACCCCAGCUGGGGCAAAGGUCACAACUCCGGGCACGCCAACCAAGCCCAUGUUGACGCCACAGCUCCCAAGGCUCCAGCAAGCCCCCACAUCCCACCACCGGCCCCUGCAUGCCCCCAUGUCCCACCCUCCCCCACUGCAGGCGCACCAUCCUGUCAGCACUGAUAAGACUGCCUCCAGCCAGCAGCCAAUCAUCACGCAGAGUGCCACCGUCACCAAGAUUACCUUCGGCAGCUCCCACCACUCAUCGCCCGUCUUCAGCAGCGGGGAGGCCGCCGCCAAACUGAUCCCAGAGUCCAGCUCCGGACCUUCGGGAGACAAACCCUCGGUGUCCGACAUCCUGAAGAUCUCCAUGAUGGAGGCGGAGAUCGAUCCAAGCACGGAGCCCAUGGUGGUGGAUUCCUCAAGCGAUUGCGGCCCUCUGGGGAAAGCUUUGGAGGUCCAGGCCGUGUCAGGCACGCUGGACUCGGGCCAGUUCAUCAGCAGCUCCGGGGCCGCCAUGCAUCACACCCACACAAAGCCCCCGCAGUUCAGCUGCAUGCAGGGCCUCACAGCACAGAGGAGCAAGGAAGACCUGGAAGUCAUCGAGGUGAUUCCUCAGUACUCCAUCCUGCCGGACUCCAGCCAGUCCAACGUGGUGGUGGAGCCCAGCGGCUUCCUGGAGAUCACCAACUACACCAGCCAGCAGCUGGAGGAGGACAGCCCCAUGGAGCAGGAGGUGGACAGCAGCAAUGACGAGGCCGCCGCCGCCAGCCCCCCCAACCAGCCGUAGUCACUCCACGCUAAGAGACAAUGACGGGAGCAGAGCACAUUUUCACUUUGUAAAAGCAGACUGAUUUGUUUGAGGCCUCAGACCCAGUGGGCUGUUUUAUUUUGUGUAAAAUAUUAGUUUGUUAGUUACUUUUUCUCCUCACAGCUAAUCCCACACGUGGAUUUUAUUGCCAAAUGUGGAAGUGAGGUGGAAAUAUUAGUUCUAGUCUGGCUUCAGAGAGCUGGAAAGCGGCUUCUCCAAGCAUACAGUGUUACAGUAUGUGGACUUUAUUACUUUGUAAGACAUUUAAAUGUACAGCUGAGCAAGAACACUGCAUUUAAAACCAACCCAAAGGACCUGGACCUUUUCGGGGUCAAUGAACCAGUGCUGGAUUAGAGAUGAGCAGCAGUAGAAAAGCUAUUUAAAAAUGCCUUAAACACCAGAUGUAAAAGCCCUUUUCAGACAUGACCUGUGUGACAUUGCCGGCUUCAACCAUGUGUUAAAGUGGUACCUUCAUGGUUAUGUUCCCCACAGCUUCACUUGCAGCUUUUGCACCUUUUACGCCAAUGCGGUGCCCUCUCAAGACAAGCAAACAAAGCUGCUGGGCUCAAAGUCGGAUCUGUGAGUGGGUGUGGGACAGACUAUUGCAAGAAGCUGACCAGUGACUGGCAGAUGAUUACCCCAACUCCUGCGCGUAGUGCUGCAGCCUUAACAGGACUUGUGCUGGUCUCAAAGGCAGAGCUGGCUGGCCCCGCAUUUGUGGAAAAGAGGUAUAAGAGCUGCAGCAUGCGAUAGCUGUACCUCCACCCCUCACACGCAGGCUCAGAGGAAGGAACCUCUCCUAAAAAUAAAUCAUGACCUCUUUUUUUUUUUUUUUUCCUUAAUAUAUUACUGCUGUUUAGGGUGUUUUCCAAUAAGCUCACCAACUCAUAAAGAUGUGCAGUCACUAUCGUUUGAAAGUUAGAUGUUAAAAUCUCACGUGGUGUUUUGCAGAAAAGUGGCCUGGGUGCUUAUUUAGACAUGAAACCAACCGGCUCACAUGCCAUCAGCUUAUUGGAAAGGAGCGCAUGUCUGAAAGGGGCUUCAGUAACAUGUGAAAUAAAGAAAUGUUCAGCGCUGCAGGCCCAGCCCCAGAGGUUUGUAAACUUUUUAGAAGUGGAAAUUUCCCUGGAACUUAAUUUAGACCCGGAUUUCUCCAAGGAACCUCGUCCCUGCAGUGGAAAAGCAGCUCAUGUUAAUCCCGAAUGACUCAUAAAUGAAGAGGUUUUGGCGUCAGAUGAACUGUAUUUUCUCUCGACUGAUUUUUAUAACUCUGUGACACUUUUCAGACGAGGGAAGAUUGAGUGUUCUGUGAGGAACAUGAAGCAGAACCACAAAAAAAAAAGAGUCCUGGAGGAACGAUAAAGUCCAACAUAUGUGUUGCUGCUCAGUGUAAUUCUGUAAUUUGGGGGAACCAAGUAAAUUAA